GUGACACGCAAGAGCCUACGAGUCCCGAAAACUAAUUGAUAAUUACCAAGAACAGUUUCCUAUAGUACUCUCUCUGGAUAAAAGUGAGUCGUAAUCAGUAAACCGUACGCGAGGAAGACAUAGUUCAUCGUAUCCAACGAUAUAUCAAUAGCCGCAACGAUGGAUGCAGUAUCGAUAACGACGUAUUUGCCGAGCAUAAGUUACUCCUUGCUCGCUAUGAUCAUCACCACGCUAAUCGCACUGUAUUACUAUGUCGAGACUGAUCGUACGGUUCGUCUUGCAUUAAAAUUACCAAAUCCACCGCGUAUACCCAUCUUAGGUCAUAUACUACUUUCUCUGAAGUUAUCUCCCGAAGAAAUGUUAAACCGUGGCGUUGAAAUCCUAUCUAAAUAUGGGACGGUAUUAUCGGCCCAUUUUGGAUCGAGAGCUUUCGUCUUCCUAACAAAUCCGCAUGAUAUUGAGAUAAUCUUGAGCAGUUCUGUCCAUCUCGACAAAUCUAUGGAAUAUAGACUCUUCAAGCCCUGGCUCGGAGACGGCUUGCUGAUCACCAGCGGCGCCAAGUGGCGCAAACACAGGAAGGCGAUAGCUCCCACAUUUCACAUGAGCAUUUUGAAGACAUUUGUACCUCUGUUUUAUGAGAACAGUCUGGAUCUUGUGAAACGACUACGCGAAAAACAGGGACAGCAAUUUGAUUGCCAUGAUUACCUAUCGGCGGUAACUGUUGACAUCUUGACGGAAACAGCGAUGGGAGUUAGCAAGAAGAAGAGGCAAAAUACCUCUUAUGAAUAUGCAAUGGCCGUAAUGAAAUUGAGUGAUAUCGUGCAUCGACGGCACUACGACAUAUCGUUGCGAGUGGAUCAGUUCUUCCAAUUCUCAAAACUCGCUAAAAUACAAGAAAAAUUGCUCAAUACUGUUCACUCGUUGACGGAGAACGUGAUCCAAGUAAAAUGGAAGGACAUCGAAGAGAAGCAGAAGAAAGAAACGCAAGAAGAUGAAAUCGUUUCGGAAAAUACGGUCACGGAGAAUGAUGAGAGCAAUAACGCCAAUUACACAAAGCUGCAUUAUGUGAGGGAUGAUCUCGACGAAAUCGAUGAGAGCGACUUAGGCCAGAAGAAGCGACUCGCCUUCUUAGAUAUGUUGAUGGACAUGAAGAAAAACGGCGGGCAGAUGACCGACGAGGAGAUUUGGGAAGAAGUCAAUACUAUCAUGUUCGAGGGUCAUGAUACUACAGCAGCCGGCUCGAGUUUCGCGCUCUGCGCGUUGGGAUCUCUUCCAGAAAUCCAGGCACGUGUGCAUGAAGAAUUGGACUCAAUUUUCGGUGACAGCGAUAGGCAGUGUACUUUCCAAGACACAAUAGAAAUGAAGUAUCUGGAGAGAGUUAUUCUAGAGACUCUGAGACUCUUUCCGCCGGUACCAAUGAUCGCUCGAAAACUUAAUGAAGAUGUAAAGAUAGUUACAGGUAAUUACGUCCUUCCGAAGCACGUCACUGUAGUGGUCUUGCAAUAUAUGAUACACCGUAUGGAGGAAUAUUAUCCAAAUCCAUUAGUUUUUAAUCCGGACAAUUUUCUACCGGAGAAAAUGCAGCAGCGACAUUAUUACGCUUUCAUUCCCUUUAGCGCCGGGCCAAGAUCGUGCGUAGGACGGAAAUACGCUAUGCUGAAAUUGAAGGUCCUGUUAUCGACAAUCCUGAGAAAUUAUCGCGUUAUUUCCAAGGUACCCUACCAAAACUUCGUCCUGCGAGGUGAUCUUAUCCUGAAGAGGGGCGAUGGAUUCAACAUCACGUUGGAGCCGCGCAGUCCUGCGACUCAAACAGGAGUUACUAUUUCCAACAUUUAUACACGACACACUUGCGAAACGAUUUUUCAAAUAGAAAACCAAAGAAUCAUUUUGCACGAGGACUGUGGGGAAGAAAGAGGAAAGCAGAGCACAUCAUACCCACCGGUAUACCAAUAUUUGUGCAUAACGAUGGAUACGACAUUAACAAUAUCAUAUCUACCGAAUAUUGGUUAUUCUCUGCUGGCUACAAUUAUCGUCACGUUGAUAGCAUUGUAUUACUAUGUUGAGACCAAGCAUGAGAUUCGCCUUUCGAUGAAAAUACCACACCCUCCACGCGUACCAAUCCUUGGUCAUACCCUAUUAACUUUAAAAGCGAAACCUGAAGAUGUAAUAACCAAGGGUGUGCAAUUUGCCGCUGAACAUGGGGAGGUAAUAUCGGGACAUUUAGGACCGAGAGCUUUUAUUUUCCUGAUGAAUGCACAAGAUAUUGAAGUGAUCUUGAGCAGCUCCGUGCACAUCGAGAAAGCCGUGGAGUAUAGACUCUUUGAACCAUGGCUCGGAGAUGGCUUGCUGAUCACUACCGGUGCCAAAUGGCGGAAGCACAGGAAAGCUAUAGCUCCCACAUUUCACAGAAACAUUCUGAAGACGUUUGUGCCUCUGAUUUACGAGAACAGUUUAAAUCUUGUGAAGCAGCUUCGCGAUAAAAUCGGCCAACAAUUCGAUUGCCAUGAUUAUUUAUCGACAGUAACAGUUAAUAUCUUAACAGAAACGGUGAUGGGAGUUAGUAAGGAAAAGAGGCCAAAUACCGGAUAUGACUAUGCAAUGGCCGUGAUGAAACUGAGUGAUAUCGUGCACCGACGGCACUACGAUGUAUCGUUGCGAGUGGAUCAGUUCUUUAAAUUCUCAAAAUUAGCCAAAAUGCAAGAAAAAUUGCUCAAUACUGUUCACUCGUUAACGGAGAGCGUGAUCCAGAAGAAAUGGGAAGACAUCGAAGAGAAGGACAAAAAGGAAGCGCAGACAAAUCACAAGAAAAUUUCGACUGAGAGCUCGGAAAUCGGCAAAAGCAUCGUCAAUCACAAGUUGCAUUACGUGAGAGAUGAUCUCGACGACAUCGAUGAGAACGAUGCGGGUGACAAGAAGCGACUAGCCUUCUUGGAGAUGUUGAUGGAUAUGAAGAGAAACAACGGACAGAUGACCGACGAGGAGAUUUGGGAAGAAGUCAAUACUAUUAUGUUCGAGGGCCACGACACCACAGCAGCUGGUUCGAGUUUUGCGCUCUGUGUGUUGGGAUGUCUUCCGGAAAUUCAGGCACGCGUGCACGAAGAAUUGGACUUAAUCUUCGGUGACAGCGAUAGGCAAUGUACUUUCCAAGACACAGUGGAAAUGAAGUAUCUGGAAAGAGUUAUUCUGGAGACGCUGAGACUCUUUCCGCCGGUACCAGUAAUCGCUAGAAAGCUUGAUGAAGACGUAAAAAUAGUUACAGGCAAUUACGUUCUCCCAAAGAAUUCCACCGUACUGGUAGUGCAAUUCGCGGUACAUCGUUCGGAGAAGUAUUACCCGAAUCCGCUAGUUUUCAAUCCAGAUAAUUUUCUACCGGAGAAAAUGCAGCAAAGACAUUACUACGCUUUUAUACCCUUUAGUGCCGGACCGAGAUCAUGUGUAGGACGGAAAUAUGCUAUGCUGAAAUUGAAGGUCCUGUUAUCAACAAUAUUGAGGAAUUAUCGCGUUAUUUCCAAAGUGCCCUACCAAGACUUCGUCCUGCGAGGCGAUAUUAUCCUAAAAAGAAGCGACGGAUUCAACAUCAAGAUCGAGUCGCGUAAACCCGCUUCUCAGACAGGAGAUAUUAUCUCCUCAUAGAAGUGAAAAAAUACAAAUAUGCAAAUGUGUAUAUGUGUGUGUGAGUGUAUACAUAUGUGAGUGUGGGCAAUAAACCUAUUGUUAAUAUUUAGAAAUCUACUUCUCAUUCAUAUGUAUCGGACUAUUAGUUUCUCCUGAGAAAUGUUCUAUUUGCCAUUCCAAAUUUCGUUUCUAUAAUAUACAUGACGAACAAUAGUUUAAGUUGAAAAU